AUGCUUCUUGACGAAGAUCCCGCUGCGCUCAUCCGCGCGACUGUUUCCAACUUCAACAUUGCCCCAGACAAAGCUGCCCUCUCGCGCGUCAACGAUUCUCUCUCAACGUUGCAGCAAUCACGCGACCUCCGAAUUCGUGACGCUGAAACUGCCCUAAGAAAAUUAUCCAGGCAAUUGGCCACUCUCUCCUCACAACAUCGAGAAGUUAUUUCUGGCCAUGACAGUGGUCAACAUGCCAGCGAGAUCGUCCAGCUCGACACGAAAAAGUUCCGCAUCGCCAAACAGGCAUCUGAGCUGGAAGUGGAGAGUGAGAAACUGGGAGCAGAACUUGACAGACUCAAGAUACGAUUAGCAGACUUGGAGGAACAAGGAGUAGAAGGCGACGAAAACAUGCGACGUGCAAGAGAAGCAGACGAUCCCACAAUAUUACGACUUUGGCUAUACAGAUCACUCGGCAUUGCUCUUGAGCAAGACGAAGCCGGCAACUACAACAAAGCAACGAUUGGAAACACCAAGAAGGGAGAUGUCCACGUUGUAAAUAUCGAUCCCAAGUUCUCAAGAUGGUUCUACGCCGAUUAUUUCUGGCAAACGAUGCAAGGUUGA